AAGAAAUUCUCUUUCUAGCCAAAACAAAACAAUACCGUUCUUCCAUGCUCUUAUCCAUUCAUGUUUACUUGUAUUCAAAAGAGCAUAUAUUAGGCUAUGCUUAGGGAUAAUCUUUAAAGAAACAAGUGCUGGUGAGGUUGGCUAUUGAAGGAGAAAAUGGGUGAUAAAAAGCCAACGAGUAAUACAACGGAAGACGCAAUAGUAUGCUAUGCACCAACUAUGAUAACAACAAAUGGUGUAUGGCAAGGUGAUAAUCCUUUAGAUUACUCACUUCCUCUUUUCAUCUUGCAAUUGACAUUGGUUGUUGUCACCACUCGGGUUCUUGUUUUCCUCCUCAAACCUUUUCGCCAACCUCGUGUUAUAUCUGAGAUUAUGGGUGGCGUCAUUUUGGGUCCAUCAGUGCUUGGACGCAACAAAGCAUUUGCAAGUACAUUAUUUCCUUUGAGAAGCGUGAUGGUUCUUGAAACAAUGGCAAAUGUGGGUCUCCUUUAUUUUUUAUUCCUUGUUGGAGUAGAGAUGGAUAUUUCAGUAAUCAGAAGGACUGGGAAAAAGGCCUUCGCCAUAGCUAUUGCGGGUAUGAUCUUGCCCUUCUUCACUGGCUUGGCCUUCUCUUACCUUAUGCACAGGGAAGCACACGACAUGAACAAAGGAACUUUUAUCCUAUUCCUUGGUGUUGCUCUCUCUGUUACUGCUUUUCCUGUGCUUGCACGGGUCCUUGCAGAGCUUAAACUCAUCAACACAGAGCUUGGUAGGGUUGCCAUGUCUUCAGCUCUUAUUAAUGACAUAUGUGCUUGGAUUUUGCUAUGCUUUGCCAUUGCACUAGCUGAGAAUGAUAGUGCUUCUUUAGCAUCCUUUUAUGUGAUAUUAUCUAGUGGAGCAUUCGUUGUUUUGUGCGUUUAUGCGGUUAGACCAGCCAUCUCAUGGAUUAUUCGAAGAACCCCAGAAGGAGAAACAUUCAGUGACUUUUAUAUAUGUCUUAUUCUCACUGGAGUGAUGAUUUCAGGUUUUAUAACAGAUGCCAUUGGGACACAUUCUGUCUUUGGAGCUUUUGUAUUUGGUUUGAUAAUCCCAAAUGGACCACUUGGGGUUACUCUUAUAGAAAAGUUAGAAGACUUUGUGUCAGGGCUUCUACUUCCUCUUUUCUUUGCUAUGAGUGGGCUUAAAACUAAUGUGGGGGCCAUUGAGGGAGCUGCCACUUGGGGGCUUCUAGCACUUGUCAUAUUUCUUGGAAGUGCUGGUAAAGUUGCUGGUACUCUUAUUGUUACAACCUUCUAUCAAAUGCCUAUACGCGAAGGUCUUACUCUUGGCUUACUCAUGAACACAAAAGGCCUUAUUGAAAUGAUUAUUCUCAACGUUGGAAAGGAUCAAAGGGUAUUAGAUGACGAGUCUUUUGCAAUCAUGGUGAUAGUAGCUGUAGUUAUGACUGGACUCGUCACACCUAUUGUUACUGCAAUAUAUAGGCCCACAAGGAAAUUCGUACCAUACAAACGUCGAACAAUCCAAAGAUCGAAACCAGAUGCAGAGCUAAGAAUAUUGGUGUGUGUACACACGCCUCGAAAUGUUCCAACAAUCAUCAACCUCUUAGAAGCCUCCAACCCUACCAAGAGAUCACCAAUGUGUGUAUAUGUGCUCCAUCUAGUUGAACUCACUGGACGUGCAUCUGCCAUGCUUAUAGUUCAUAACACUAGAAAAUCUGGUCGGCCCGCCCUUAACAGAACUCAAGCUCAAUCUGAUCACAUUAUUAAUGCUUUUGAAAAUUAUGAACAACAUGCAGUUUGUGUUAAUGUUCAACCCUUAACUGCUAUUUCUCCUUACUCCACCAUGCAUGAAGACGUUUGUAACUUGGCAGAGGAUAAACGAGUUGCCUUUAUAGUUAUCCCUUUUCAUAAACAACAAACAGUUGAUGGUGGAAUGGAAGCCACAAACCCAGCCUUUCGAAUGGUGAACCAAAAUUUAUUAGCCAAUGCACCUUGCUCAGUAGGAAUUCUUGUAGAUAGAGGGCUUAGCGGCUCUACUCGCCUGGCCACAAACCAACUAUGUCACCAUAUAGCUGUGAUAUUCUUUGGGGGACCAGAUGAUAGGGAGGCAUUAUCAUAUGCCUGGAGAAUGUCUGACCAUCCAGGGAUAAACUUAACUAUAUUGCGGUUUAUUCCAGGUGAGGAUGCAGCUCAACCGGCAAGACAAUCCCCUGGUGACCCUAAUGACCCUAGGAUAUUGACUGUGGAAACAGAAGAUCAAAGAGAGAAGCAACUUGAUGAAGAGUUCAUAAAUGAAUUUAGGAUGCAUACUGCUAAUGAUGAAUCUGUCUUCUACACUGAAAUUAUUGUGAACAAUGGAGAAGAAACAGUGGCAUCAAUAAGGGCAAUGGAUAUUAAUGCUCAUGACUUGUUCAUAGUUGGAAGAGGGCAAGGGAUGAUAUCUCCACUUACAGCAGGACUUACAGAUUGGAGUGAGUGUCCAGAGCUUGGUGCAAUUGGAGAUUUGCUUGCAUCCGCUGAUUUUGCUGCUACAGUUUCAGUGUUGGUAAUACAACAAUAUGUUGGGAUAGGGUUAGAAGCAGAGCCAGUUGCUACACCUGAGAGUCUAUCCAUGUCGGAGGAUCAAUACCAUGGUCUACAAUUAAUGAAUAAACAACCACAAUCGACAAGGUAAGCCUUCAAGUGAGACUAAUUGCAACAAUACCUCAACAAGUAGAUUCUGAUUAAAGAAGCAAGCUCAAAACAAUUCUUUGACCUUGCUUACACCACAAACCAAUUAUUUUAAAGCUUGGGCUUUAAAAACCAAUAGGGAAUAUAAGCAUCACUGUAAUAUCCAUUCCCUUCUAUGACAUUCCCUAUUCUAACAUAGAUAGAUAUGUCUCACUGACUUUGUGAAAUUCAAGUUGUAUGAAGUUUAAUUCUCGAUUAAAACUAUUUUGGACAACUAAAUAAUAUAUCCAGUAAAAAAAAAUAGGACACCCUGUUUUGUA